CUUGUGUCUAUCAGUCGCCAUGUUUGAAGAUCUUAAAAAAAGUUUGGGUUAAAAAUACUUGCUUUUUUGCCGUCAGAUCGGGAUAAGAAGUUAAUUAAAAGAGCCAAAAUGAUGGAGAAGCGUCGUAAGAUCAGAAUUGCAGAUCUUAAUCCACAUCUGAUCUGUAAGCUGUGUAAAGGCUAUUUAGUCAACCCUGUGACAAUCACUGAAUGCAUUCACACAUUCUGCAAAAGUUGUAUUAUUCGACAUAUAAGCUUAGUGAACAGAUGUCCAACAUGUAACACAGUAAUUCACGAGACCCAACCAUUAUAUAACAUUAG